UGUCAACUCCGGACUCAACAACCACCACCACUUCUCGCGCAUCUCUCAAGCCACGCUCAUUCCUCACGUUGUCGCACCUGGCCUCCCCGCGGAGGUCAUACGGACGUUCUCACAAAUGUAGCCAAACCUCUCUCGCUGUCGUCGUUCAAGCUACACCAGCCGCGCUGUACCCCACCACCUCCGCAACCGACGGCCAGUCACCUGGUGACCGUCGACGAUUUGGACUGUCACCAUGCCUACUUCUACCGUAUGGCGACGCUCCAGAGACCUUCUGGGUCCUCGGGGGGUUAGUCCUAUACGUCCGUCGAGAGAUUUCAUCGAAAGCCUCUCUCCAGAACCCACGCUCGAGUCCUCCGCCGCAGAUGAACCUUUACUCCCCUCUCACACUUCUCAAGCCAAUGGAGCCUCACUAACGGGGUUGGGUCUCUGUGACGUUGGGAUCGCAGAAGAAGCAGCGGUAACUGUGCACCCGGAUCAUUUAUAUUAUGAUGAAGAUGGUUCCGCACACAUCGGGGCUAGGGUAGUGAGUGGCGCGGCUGCGCAAACCAGGCGGUCACUGCAAGACUCGCGCGACAACCCUCUGAGAAACUUCAAAUCGACCCCGGACACGCGAACUUCUCGAGGCAAAGGCCAUACGCGCUCAGGGUCCACCAUUGAUGACCUUGCAAGUGCUGCCAUUGCCACCAGCCCUGCUUUAGGGGAACCAAAUACCCCCUCCUUCCGAAAAGCGAGUCCGUUCACCGCGACCCGACCGUCGACGUCCUAUGUCCAUCGCUUCGAUCGGGAAGAUUCCUCUAAUGGACCACCGAGGAAGCGAAUCAAAUCUGAGCGUCUCCCUAAUCUCGAGUGGUCACCUCGCGCAGAUCGGCCGAGAACAAGCGGAGUCGACAGCACCACCGAUAUAACAUACGAGGAUGCUCUGCUAUUGUUGGAACUCAAGAACGAGGUUAACUUCAAGAAUGGAACGACACCACAGUUGACGUCUGCUACCUUGAACGGACAGCCACAUUCGUCCCAUACGCCUCGGCGGUACUCAGAGGCCUCGACUAUUAGGGAUAGUCCGUCCGCGCAAUUACAGCAGACUUUACAAGCUGACAACGUGGAAAAUGAGGAAGUCAAAGUCUCUAAAGAGCGGCAGAUACACUCCGCGGUUGACGCCUGGCAGACUCAAAACUCCCGGCUAUCGCAUCCUCAGCCUGAGACUUCGUCAGCUCAAACCGCCAACGCCACAUUAGGGGGAACACCGCAAGCCAAAACGAUUGGCACUGCUGCUGAACCGCAAGCAAAAGGAUCACCUCAAGUUGCAUCCCGACCAACUUCGUCGUCUAAGAGGCAACGGAGAGUCAAGCCCGAAGUACAGGCUGAGGUGUGUGCGGCUUGCAACCGUCUUCAGCUAGACACCGUGGACGACGAAAACCCUGUCAUGUUCUGGAUCAGUUGUGAUGCAUGCAAUCGCUGGUUCCAUGCGGAGUGUGCAGGAUUCAAGACAAAGGCUGAGGCAAGGAGUGUCGAUAAAUAUCUAUGCAAAGAGUGCGAGCCGGUGCAUGGCAAGACGACUUUUGUGCGCAAGUCGACCAGACCGCGAACCGCAAUAGACUACGCUGGAUUACAUCAAGGCGUUGUUAAGUCUUCGGUUGAAAGUCCAACUCACCACUACAUUCAGCCCAUCAAAGAAGGAAAGAUUGCCCUGUUACCGGACGACUUUGCCCGAGUGCGCCCCGAGGUGUUGACUAUGCAGUUUAUGGAAAAUUUUGACGGUAUGAAGCGACCUUUUGUGGUCCCAGCCUGCUGGAAUCCUCGGUUUGGCGCAAAGCUACCUUUAAAAGAAGCCGAGAGUGACGGCCCGCGCUUCACACGCAUUGACAGUUUGGGAAAUCCCGCUGGCGUGGAAGAGCCGGUUUCCGAUGAAGUUGUGGAGGAGGAAGUCCUAGAUUGUGGCCAAGAUUUGCUCGAUAUGGUGAUACCCAGAAAUCUGACCGUACGAAAAGUCGCGGAGCUUUAUGGUCUAGACGAACCUGUCCCUGUUAUCGACGUCAAGUCUCAAGAGACAAAGGGCCAGUUCACCUUACAGCAGUGGGCCGACUACUAUGAGCUUGCGGGCGAGAAACCAAUUCUCAACGUGAUCAGCCUUGAAGUAUCGCAGAGCCCCCUUGGCAAACUCAUUCGCCGACCCAAGGUGGUACGAGAUCUUGAUCUGGAGGAUCAUGUCUGGGACGGAGACACAGAAACCCGGACGAAGAAACGACCAGUACAGUUCUAUUGUCUCAUGUCAGUGGCCGACAGCUACACCGACUUCCACAUCGAUUUUGGCGGCUCCUCUGUGUAUUACCACAUCCUCAAGGGAACAAAGACCUUCUUCUUCAUCCCACCGGAGGAUAAAUAUCUCAAGAAGUAUGAGGACUGGUGCAAUUCUGAUACGCAAAACGAGACAUGGCUCGGAGAUUUGUGCGGUGGUAAUUGCACGAGAGUUGACCUGCAUGAGGGAGACACUGCUUUCAUCCCUGCCGGCUGGAUCCAUGCUGUAUGGACUCCGGAGGACAGCUUGGUCAUUGGGGGCAACUUUCUCACUCGGAUUGACUACGAGCUGCAACUCAAGGUUGCCAACGUCGAAAGAGUGACAAAGGUGGCUCCGAAGUUUCGCUAUCCAUACUUUCAGAAGGUUAUGUGGUACACCUUGAUCAAAUAUCUGGAGGAAGAUCCGCUUCCAAACGAAGUAUUGGCCGACUUCCGCGACGAUCCCGAUUAUGUUUUCCUGCGGGCCAACCCUCUCUGGCACGAAAUAGACGACUUGGCAAACACUGCAGAGCCAGGAGACCCUGCAUUCAAUGCGAGGUAUUACCCGAAAGCAGAGGUGGUUGGCUGGCCAGCCUUGAGAGAUUAUUUAUACCGCACCGCCAGGAUCGACGCUGGUUUGCCGGUGGCGGACAUCACCAAAAAGCAGAUUGAUGCAGUCAAAGCAUCCAUUCCCAAAGGACAUGGCGAUCCACUGACGCUGAUCAAGCUAUUUGCAAUCUGGUGUGCUUGGAAGAUGGGCAAUGUUCCAGCGCCUGACUGGGUGCAUUCUGAUGGUGCACUGGAACCGGAGAAGGCGGACAAGGUUAAGAAAGCCGAGACUUUCCGCCUGCCAGGAGAACGGACUUCCUCACGGAGAGCUGCUCAGGCCCUAGCUCAAGCGCAGACUCCUCAGCCAGAAGUGAGCGCUCCCAUCCCAGCCAAGCAAAGUGCCAAAUCCACCCCAAAAGGGAAUGGGCUGAAGGUAGCCUGUGAACCAUGCCGAAAACGUAGGAUAAAGUGUCGGCAUAAGUCUGGCAGUGAGACGCCCACGAGGCCAGCUCCCGAAAUCAGACCAAGAAGUUUCUCUAAUGCGGACGUUCCCUCGACUGCCGCCGUCGAUCAGAAUGGAUUCAGCAAUGAACAACCUACGCCUCCAGCUAUGCGGCUCUCCGAGCCUGCUGCAAACCACGCGGAGACGGUGCAAACAGUGACUGCGAAUGCGGAUGCACAGUCUUCCUCGAAAAAGACUCGAACCAAGGCAUGUGAAGAAUGCCGCAAGAGCAAGCGCCGAUGCGUACACGACGAACACGGGCGAGUCGACCCGGCAAAAGCCGCGGAGCCGUCCAAGCCACGUGGAUCAACUAGUUCGAAGCGCCCCGCCCGUUUCAGCGAUGAGAGUGCGGACAACAAGCGGGAGAGGAUGGAUGGUGAACUGCUGGACGGUCUAAUUGACCCGGCUUUGACGAAUGAUAAUGUUCUCUUAGUGAAUGAAGCCGUCGAGGAUUCGCCGCCAACUCCCGCGCCGCUGCUGGAAACCGAGCCAGAUGACAAAGUGAGCGGACAGCACAUUGCAGAGGGUGCAUCGACAUCUCAGCAUGCGGGCAGCGAAACCCUUCCUUCACAAGCAAUACCAGUGGAUCCCGCUCUAGAGGCAAUGACAGCCAUGCCGACGGCUGUGAUAAAAACCGAAGCAGACUCUGACGAUCAUCAACCUCUAAAUCAUGACGCUGACAGGGCCGAUCUCUCACCGAAGGAGGGUGGUGGUGGUGGUGGUGGUGGUGAGUUUUCCACUCCCGCCCCGGUCAAGCGUGCGUCGUCCAUCAAUGCUGGCUUUUCCGGUCUGCCGAACUCGCCUCCAGCGUCGAGACAUUCUUCGCGUCAGCCCAAACAGGUUGAACGGUACACGCCCGAAGACAAGAGAUCUCCAACCAAGCCGCUUCCGAAGCCUCCGAGAAGUGAUCGUCGGGCGUCGAGCGCCGCCAGUGCCCAAACGAUGGUCAACAGUGUGAAAAGCCGGAGAUCGUCCAGUAACACUUCUGGGACAGUUCACCAGAUGGCAGGAAACAUGGUCAGACGAAGUCAGUCCCGAGAAGCCUCGGCCAGGCCGGUGAGCAGAGAUAGCACAGGAGGAGAAAGCGACAUGGAUGCCGACGAGAAGUUUGCGAGGGAGCUGCAAGCAGCCGAGAAUGGUUUGAGGCGACGGACAAGCAUGAGAGCAUAGAAUGCAUCAUCCGCUGCACACCAUCGCUGAGGUUGAGGUUGUUUAUGAUGAUAUGAGGGAAGACAGACAGCAUUUGGGACGCAACGGAGUUUGGAAGAGAGAAUCAAUGCGUGGCGAGCAAUUCAGUGCCACACGACCAGAUCUUGGUUUGUGUUUUGAUGUAUGGGAUCAAGGGAGAAGCGCGAUUUCUUUUUCGAAUACCCUCAUAGCAUGAUGUUUGAACAGGGCUGCAUAUUGAACUUG